GAAAACGAAGAAAAACCCAAGUUUUUUGUUAAUGUUGCCUGUCGAUUACCUUCUACGAUUCCUUGAAAAGAUUAUUUUUUUUGGUAAUGUAGGCUUCUUUUUCCUGUUGUUUUCAUGUUGCUCGAGCAUGGUACUUGACAGUCCGUAAAUCCUCGAUUUUCUGAAUAUUUUUGAUGGAUCGCGUGCGGUGGCCGUUUCCCGAUAACCCGGGGAAAUUGUGGCAUGCGGGAAGCGGUCUGACGAUCGCGGCGGUCGCCUCCAUCAGCAAGCUCGUCCUCGCGUUGAACGGUCUGCAGAUACAUGGCCGCGAUCGUCUGAAGCAGGUGCUGGAUAAUCGCGAUCCCAAACGCGGCCUCAUCACCGUCGCCAAUCAUUACUGCUGCGCCGAUGAUCCCGUAAUCUGGGGCAUUCUCCCGUGGCGGCAUUUGCGACCGAGGAGGACGCGCUGGUCGAUGGGCGCCGCGGAGAUCUGCUUCGCCACGGACGCCACGGCCACCUUCUUCGGACUGGGCAAAGUCGUUCCGACGGUGCGCGGCGCCGGCGUCUACCAGCGCGGCAUGGACUUCAUGCUGGAGCGACUCAAUUUGGGCGAGUGGGUGCACGUCUUCCCGGAGGCCCGCGUCAACCAGGAGCACCAGUGGCUCAGGAUGAAAUGGGGUGUGGGACGGUUGAUUGCCGAAUGCGAUCCGACGCCCAUCGUGCUGCCCUUCUUCCACCAGGGCCUCGACACCGUCCAGCCCAACCGGCCUCCCUAUGCACCGCGCUUCGGCAAGAAAGUGACGGUGCUCAUUGGAAAUGUGAUAGAUUACGCCGAGAAGGUGGCCCAGAUGCGCGCUGAUGAUCUCUCGCCGCGGGAUCAACGGCACGAGAUCACCGAGGAUAUUCAGCGCGUCAUGAAAUCCCUCCGCUACGAAGCCGAGACCAUCCACGCGUACCGAUGAUCCCAAUUUACAAAGAAAUUUGUCAAAUUAUUGCUCCCCUUCCUGUCGGACGUCCGCGGCACGUUCGACCCUUGUGGCAGCAUUUUUUGGGAUUUUUUCUGUAAUGUCCGGGUGGUAAAAGUAUUUUUGUGCGAAAUUUAACGGUGUGUGUUUGGGCCAGUUUGGGGUGUGGGUGUGUGACGGUGGACGGAAGAAAAUGCCGGAUUUAAUUCGCGGUGAUUUGAUGCUGGUGCCGAUUUUCGAAUGCCUUUUUGUAGAUGCUGGAUUUUACUUGUUGCGUGUAAUUCACCGGGAAUUUUGGGGGAAAAUGUUAGUUUUUAGUUGGAGUAUGUGAAAUAAAUUUCCCGGAGCGCGGAGAAAAUCUA